GACAGAUCAGCGGGAAUACAACACUGAAGGUGUAUCGUCUUCUUCCGAUUUUCAGCCAUGGUUACUCCAAAAAUGGCAAGUCGAAGACCAACCAAACGAAUCUUAAAACCGGUUAUAGAGAAGAAACGGAGAGACCGGAUCAACCAGCGUUUGGAAGAACUGCGAACGCUUCUUCUGGAUAAUACUUUAGAUUCGCGACUUCAAAACCCUAAACUGGAGAAGGCUGAAAUUCUGGAAUUGGCUGUUGAGUAUAUUAGGACUAAAACCGCGACUGCGAGAGAUCAAGGCGAUUCUAGCAAGGACACGCAUGAUCCAAAACCUCCGCCUCUGCUCUCAAGGAGACCCCAGAUGCCAUGUGCGUCCAUCCCGGAGUCCAUCCAAACCCAUAAUCUGCCAUCUAAUCCAAUCUACAAGGCUGGUUUUAAAGAGUGCAUCUCCCGGCUGGCGAGCUUCAUCGACUGCGUGGAGCCAUCCCAGCGAGACAGCUUCGUCCAAGGUCUCUGCCAUCAUCUCGACUCCUACAGCAGCGCUCUUCCCCACGGCAGAGUUUCCAGCAAUCCAACCCACCAUCCAUGGAUCCCAAAUCCAGAGUUGUCCUGCAGGACGGACGUCCAAUCGAUUGGACACAUGAGAGCCAACCCUGAGCCAUAUUCCUACGCAAACAGCCUGUAUCCGAAAUCAUUUAUGCAUCUGCAUCCGACGGGACAACAUCCAUACCUCUCUCCACCAUACUCCAUUUCUCCUCCGCCGUCUCCAGGCUUUUCAAGCAGCUCUCCUCCAUUCUCCAGCUCUCCAACGUAUCUCUCUGUGCCCUGCCAAUUCCCGUUCCCUCCCAGCAUCUCUCCGCAUUCCACCGACUCCUCUUCAUCAUCGUCGUUAUCAACUGUGAGUCUCUCAACGACUUCAUUACCGGUCGUCCCAGGACCUCAUCUUCAGGUGAGCUCCCCGACUCGGGUGCGGUUUAGUGGCUCUGUUCAAUCCUCUCAACCACGGACUCUGAGACGAGCGCUGUUCCACAAUCAGCCUUUGUGGAGACCCUGGUGAGCAAAACUGAAGACACUUAGCAUGAGAAUAACCAGCGUUGUCUUAAAGGGAUAGUUCACGCAGAAAUUAAAAUUCUGGCAUCAUUUAUUGAUUCACUUUUGCUUAAACAUAAAAAGAUGAUAUUUUGAAAAAUGUUCAAGCCUGUUUUUAUUGACUAACAAAUACUACACUGUCAAAAAAAAUGCUGAAUUCCACACAACGGAUUUGUGUUGGGACAGCAUGAAGAAAUUAGGUUAACUUAAUGUUUAUUUUUUUACAAAUUUAAGUCGAUUGAGCUUAAAACAAUUAAGUUUUCCCCAAAAAAAGUAAGAAUUGUGUUGUUUCAACUCAUUUCAAGUCAUUCAACUCAUUCAAGUAGUUCGAAAAAGCAGCGCAAGUUUUUUUUUGAGUGUAUGUAAGUCAAUAGUUACCGGUUUCCAACAUUUUUCAAAAUAACUUAUUUUGUGUUUGUUCAGUAAAUAAUGUCAGAGUUUUUAGUUUCUAGUGAACUGUGCCUUUAAGGAUUGUUUUGUAUAUCAUCAGUUGUUUUCAGAGUGCAUGCAUGUGUUCUGGGGUCUUUGCUGUAUAACUUGAGUCCUGCAGUCACAUUCUGUCUUUCUUUUUUCCUAUGGUAAAUUCUUUAUUGUUUACAGAUUGUGUAAAUAAAUAUAUUUAUUUUCUACCUUUUGUAGAUUGUAAAUUAAUUGUACAGUUUUUUCACUUAUUAAAAAUUUAUAUAAUUU